AUGCCGCUGGACGCGGACGUGUUCGCCGUGCCGCCGGGCCGCAACGCGCCGCAGGUGCACAUCACGCUGGGCGACCAGACCGGCACGGCCAUCACCGUGUCCUGGGUGACCGUGGAGGCCGCCGGCAGCAGCACCGUGCUGUACGGCCGCGCCCCCGGCCGGCUGGACCUCGCCGCCGAGGGCGCCACCACGCGCUACACCUUCUACUACUACACCUCCGGUUACAUCCACCACUGCACGCUUGCUGGCCUGGAGCACGGCACCAGGUACUACUACGCCAUUGGGGUGGGCGACACGGUGAGGACGUUCUGGUUCACGACGCCUCCGGCGCCAUCGCCCGACGCGCCGCUCCGGCUGGGCCUGAUCGGCGACCUGGGCCAGACGGCGGACUCCAACCGAACGCUGUCGCACUACGAGCAGCACCCCGGCGACGCCGUGCUCUUCGUGGGCGACCUCUCCUACGCCGACAAGCACCCGCUGCACGGCAACAACCGGUGGGACACGUGGGGCCGCUUCUCGGAGCGGGUCCUCGCGUACCAGCCCUGGAUCUGGACGGCGGGCAAUCAGGAGAUCGACUACGCGCCGGAGCUCGGGGAGACGGAGGCCUUCAGGCCCUUCGCCCACCGCUACCCGACGCCCUACCGCGCGCCAGCGGCGCUCGUCAGAGCCCUACUGUACACGCCGCAGUGGAAGUGGCUGGUGGCGGAGCUGGCCAAGGUUGACAGGACCACCACGCCGUGGUUCUUCAUCUCCUCGCACGUGCCCUGGUACAACAGCAACAACUUCCACUACAUGGAGGGGGAGCCGAUGCGGGCGCAGUUCGAGAAGAUGGCCGUGGACGCCCGCGUCGACGUCGUCUUCGCCGGCCACGUCCACGCCUACGAGCGCACACACAGGUACUCCAACAGCACCGAUGGCGGCAACAUCGAGGGGCCCGCCGACGAGCUCACCUGGCCGCAGCCGGCCUACUCGGCGUUCCGGGAGUACAGCUUCGGGCACGCCGUGCUGGACAUCAAGAACCGCACGCACGCGCACUACGCCUGGUACCGCAACCAGGACGGCAACAGGGUGAUCGCCGACGAGACCUGGUUCACCAACAGAUACCACAUGCCCAACCACGACGACUCCUCCGUCGCCUACGCUUGA